AUGGUGAAGAGAGAACGACAUUCAUCAUCCGAUGAUUUCCCCGAAACCCAGUUCAUCGCUCAAUCAGAUGACUCUGAUAACCUGUGGGAAGUUUUAGAGAUAUUAGGUGAAAGAGGUCCACCUAAAACAGGAGAUUAUCUCGUCAAGUGGAAAGGGAUAGACACUUCAACAGGAAAACCAUGGGAACCUUCAUGGACACAGAAAUCAGCCUGUACUCAAGGCCUUAUAAAUGAUUGGAAAGCGAAAAAGGCUAGACGUUCAAAAUCAGGAUCAGUCAUUGCGGAAAAUGCAAAGGAAGAAAAGGUUACAACGAAAAGUAAGAGGAGGAAAAUCGAUUCUGAUACAGAGAAGAAAAAGAAAUAUAACGUAUCAGUAGAGCUCAAGACUCGUAAACCAAGGAGUAAACCGAAAUCGACGUUUGUCGUAAAACAAUCAACAAGUCCUCAAGCCAUACCAAGGCGAACUCGUAACAACAAAAUGACGUCCAUUUCCCUUUCACCUUCAAACACAGAUUCCUCUGUUCAGGUAGCGAAAACGACACGCAGAACAAGAGCCCAAACUGGACGACCACUGCAUACUCCUUCUGUUGAACCUGAAUCUUCAACUUCUCCACAUCCACCUGCCAGAUCUCUUUCCGGUAAAAGAGUGAUUGAUCUUACUGAAGCUGAGUCAUCAGAAACAGAGGAAACUUCUACCCUUGCUACUGCCGGACCUGGACCCUCUACCACCGCAAACAGAUCUCAGCGAUCUACACCUUCCAAAUCAUCAGCAAAACCUCGGUUAGGUCCUGUACCUGUGCCUUCUCCUACAGUUUUCCAGCCUUUCUUGAACGGUCCAAAGGGGAUUGAGACUCAAGUACCUAAUUUAAGCAACGGAAGUGGAUCAAAUGAGCCUUCUCAAGUAGACCCAAUUCGUCAAUUCUCUACUCCACCUCGCAAAUCACCGAAAAAUGCGGACAAGACAGACGUUCCGUCCAACAAUGAAGGCAAUGAAGAUAGACCUCCUAAAUCCAAUAUACCUGAUCCAGAGGCUCAUAGCUCCGAUGCCAAAUUGAGAUCUUGGACUCCUAUAGCCAGAGAUGGAGACGUGGGGGAAAUGAGGCCGUCGUCAGAUGACGAGAGCGUUGACCAUGGGAUUACAGCGACUGAGGGGCAGAACCAUAUAGCCAUAGAAGAAGAUCUCGAUGACGCUGAUUUGGAUAUAGUCAAUUCAGAGCAUGAAGGCGGAGAUGAAGACGAUGAAGCACAGAAUGUUGACAAAGCUGCAGAGGAUGAUCGAGACGGACCGAUACAACCUGUGCUGGUCGAGCCUAAACCCCCAUCUCCUCCCACGGCCCUCAGCCAGCCGCAUCCUGACACUCUCGCUCUGAUCGAAUCGCACAAUCGAAUAUCGCAGCUAGAAGCUGAAUUGCAGGAAGCUAAAACGCCCAAGAUCCAUCCCGAUACAGAGUUACUCGCACAAGUUCGAGAACAAGUAAGGAACCUCGAGACUGCGCUGGAAGAGGCUCGUCGUUCAACCCUUGCAACCACACCGGCCGAGCCUGUAACGGAUUCGCGGAUCGCACAACUAGAAGCUGAUAUCUCAAAAUUAGAGAGAAACAAGGCAUCUCUCACUUCCGAUAAUUCCUUCGUCCGACACCAAUACGACGAGGCUUCAAACCGCGCCGUCGCGGAAGUCCAAGCUGGUAAUAUUCUCAAAGAACAAGUCGAAACGCUCAAAUCACAACUUUCCGUAGGUCUCAAACAACGUCAUGCUCAUUUCGAGAAAAUCGCUAAAGACAAGGCAACUGAAGCUGCUAAACUUCGUGGUCAAGUAAAGAUACUACUCGAUCAAGCUCGUUUGACCGAUGAUGGUGUCAGAAAGAGGGCUGUCUUCUACACGCAAUAUAAAAAGGAGAAUGAGAAUCUCCUCGAAAGAUUAGGUCUGCAAAAUCAACUGAUUGAAUCACUUGAAAAGAGAAACGAGACCCUUUCCGAGAGAAACGAUGAGUUGGUCGACCAAUUAGAUACGUUAAGAGCUAUGAAAAUGGGUAUCAUUCCUGAUGAUGAAGAAGAAGAAGGAGAUGGAAGUGAUACUGAUGAUGAGAUCCUUCGACAAGUAAGGGAUGAAUCGGGAAUGAGAAUGCCCGGUACACCCUCAAAUCCUAAAAACAAUGUCUUCGUUCCUUCAGCCUAUCCCCCUCAGGAUGUUGAGAACUUUCCAAAAUCGGGAUAUUUGUGUGCUUGGAGAAAUGGCGGGGAGCAAUGUAAAAUGAUCUGCGAGACGGUAGAGCAACUCGCAGAUCAUGGUGUCACUCAUCAACGAAAUGAUGUUAUGCGUUCUUUGUAG